GAGAGAACGGCCAGCAAGCGAAGAGGAAAGGAGAACGAAGGCUAUACAGCCUGCAACACAGAAAAUCCCUAAAAUCUCCAUCUUUCCAUCGGCCCGCGAAACCCUAGGAGAGAGAAAAUGAGCGGCCCGGCGAAGAAGGUGACGGAUGUGGCGUUCAAGGCGUCGAAGAACAUCGACUGGGAUGGCAUGGCGAAGCUCCUCGUCUCCGACGAGGCUCGCAAGGAGUUCGCCAACCUCCGCCGUGCAUUCAACGAGGUUAACUCCCAGCUCGAGACCAAAUUCAGUCAGGAACCUGAACCCAUUGACUGGGAAUAUUAUAGAAAGGGAAUCGGGCCUCGCUUGGUGGAUAUGUACAAAGAAGCUUAUGACAGCAUAGAGAUCCCCAAGUAUGUGGACACAGUCACUCCUCAAUACAAGCCAAAGUUUGAUGCACUGUUGGUGGAACUGAAAGACGCAGAGGAGAAGUCCCAAAAGGAGUCCGAGCGACUGGAAAAGGAAAUCGCAGAUGUGCAAGAGUUGAAGGCAAGGAUCAGCACCAUGACUGCGGAUGAAUAUUUUGAAAAGCAUCCUGAACUGAAGAAGAAGUUUGAUGAUGAGAUUCGCAAUGACUAUUGGGGAUAUUGAUGAAAAAAUGAGCAGAUAAGUGCCGGUUCCUUACAGGUUGGCCAGAGUUAUUGAAGAUCGUGUUUUGCCCGUUUGAUUUAAAAUAAAAUUGAGAGAACUCUUUUCUUCUGUAUCUUCUUGCUUUGGGCUUGGGGAAUUGUGACCUCUCAUUGACUUCAAUGUCCGAAACUUGAAUUUUCAUGUGAAGCAAUAGAUGUUCGUUUUUCC